AUGGUAUCAGAGCCAUAUCCCUUGCGAUCAUAUCCGAUCCGCACCUAUACAGAUAGAGAUCCAGAUGGUGCACGAACAAAAAUAAGCGAGCAAAUGGCAUGGCCUGGGGAAGUAGAGGAGGCUAAUAAGACAGGUAGUGAUGAUAAAAAGUACGAGUCCCAAACCCAAUCCCAAGUAAAAGGAGGAUUCAAUGCUUGCAAAUUCAUCUUCGUGUUGGCAGCAUUUGAGAACAUGGGGUUCAUUGCAAACAUGGUGAGUUUGGUGAUUUACUUCAUUGGAGUGAUGCAUUUCGACAACGCAGGCGCUUCCAACACUCUUACCAAUUUCAUGGGAACCACUUUCUUGCUCUCCUUAGUUGGUGGCUUCAUUUCAGACACUUACUUAAGCAGAUUAACAACUUGUCUUAUCUUUGGAGCACUAGAAAUUCUGGCUUUGAUGCUUAUGACGAUUCAAGCAGGCACACACCAUUUGCAGCCAGAAAUAGGUAGUGGUGUGAAAGGUGGUGUAUCAGUGUUGCUCUACGUGUCAUUAUACUUGUUAGCAUUAGGCUCAGGGGGCGUUAGAGGGUCACUUACGCCAUUAGGUGCUGACCAAUUCGAUAACCAUAAUCCAAAAGAGGCAAAGGCUCUUGCCACCUUUUUCAAUUGGCUUUUGCUUAGUAUAACACUUGGAGCAAGUAUAGGGGUCACAGUCAUUGUGUAUUUGAACACUGAAAAAGGGUGGCAAUGGGGAUUUAUGGCAUCAACUCUGGCUACCUUUUUUGGGUUUAUUGUCCUUGCUUUAGGCAAGCCAUAUUAUCGACUUCGACCCCCAGGAGAUAGUCCUCUUUUGAGUAUCACAAAGGUCAUUGUUGUGUCAAUUAAAAACAGAGGCUUGUCACUACCAGAGAGCUCAACUGAACUAUAUGAGAUUAGUGAAAAAGAUUCAUUAUCCACAAAAGAGAAACUUCCGCAUACCAACCAAUUCAGGUGUCUAGACAAAGCAGCCAUACUAUUAAACAUGUCAGAUCCACAACCAUGGAGAGUUUGCACCAUAACACAAGUGGAAGAAGUCAAAAUCCUAACAAGAAUGCUACCCAUUUUAGCCAGCACCAUCCUAAUGAACACUUGCUUAGCUCAACUACAAACAUUCUCAGUAGAACAAGGAGCCUUAUUCAUGGACCGCCACAUCGGCUCAAAAGAAAUUCCAGCCCCAUCAGUACCCGUAAUCCCAUUACUCUUCAUGUCCAUUCUCCUACCCAUGUACGAGCUCAUCUUCGUUCCUUUUGCUCGAAAAAUCACAGGCAUUCCUACAGGCAUAACACAGCUCCAAAGGGUAGGAGUUGGGCUUGUGCUAUCUGCAGUGUCCAUGGCCGUAGCUGGGCUUGUUGAGAUGAAGAGACGAAACCAAGCCCAUAAGGACCCAUUCAACCCAAUAAGCAUAUUUUGGUUGUCGUUUCAGUAUGGCAUAUUUGGAAUAGCUGACAUGUUUACUUUAGUUGGGUUACUUGAAUUUUUCUAUAAAGAAGCCCCAGCUAGUAUGAAAUCUCUUUCCACGUCGUUUACGUGGCUCACGUUGUCGUUUGGUUACUUCUUGAGUACCAUAUUUGUUAAUGUUAUAAAUGCUGUGACAAAAAGAGUUACACCUAGUAAACAACAAUGGUUAUGUGGUUAUGAUCUUAACUCCAGCAAGUUACACUUCUUUUAUUGGUUCUUGGCUAUACUUAGUUGCCUUAAUUUCUUCCUCUACCUUUGGGCUGCCGUUUGGUACAAGUACAAGCCAGAAAAAGAAGGUAAUCAAACAACAACGUUUGGGACUAAAAAUGAUGAUGAUACCACUGAGCAACACAGCAGAGUGCCUAUGCUUCCUAUUGCUGCAUCCUCUGCUUUGGAAUAAACAGAAGAAAGUGAUAAAGAGAAAGAAGCCAUUAAUUGAUGAAGUGAUCAUUUCAUGGUUUAGAAAAUUAAUUAAUAAAACUAAAUGUCUAAUACACUAUUGAGUGAGAGCUAUAACUACAUUUAUAUCUUUGUUUUUUUUAAUAAGUUUGAUUUGGGUUUUUGGUGUAGGAGGGAUGGUUUGGUUUCUAUAUAUUCACAUGUAAUAACUUUUUCUUUUCUUUUCUUAUUUGGAAACAUAUUUGUUAUAGC